AGACACAUAAGUAAAUAUCAGUACAAGGUAAAACUUGUAGUGUCCGUUGCGAUACAGGCAGAAUUGUUGAACGCUCCUGUGAUUUUAAUAAAAGUGUUAUCAAUAUAUUUACUUUAAGCAAUUAUUAAUUUAAACAAUUAAAUAGCGAUAUGGCGUGUAAGAAUGCACUUCCAUCGAUGGAAAAAGAUCGUAUAUUGGCUGGAGAAGAAGAACCAGUUCACGAUGUAAAUAUUGGAAACAUGAUUUUGAACGCGCUUAAAUCUAGGCCGGAUUUUAUCGGCCAGAUAGAUGCGGAAACGGAUGAACAAACUACGUAUCGGCAGAUGCUAGAAAACAGCGUAAAGUGUGCGUUAUGGUUAAAAAAAGAAAUACUUCAUAAAAAUAUCGUAAUAUCAAUAUGCACAUGUCAUCAAAUGCUCAGCUACAUACCAUUUCUAGCGGGUUUAUAUAUCGGUGCUAUUAUCAAUCCAUGGGAUCCCAAGUAUUUUGAAGACGAAACGCGAGUCAUGUACUUCCUAGUGGAAUAUGAACCAGAAGUAAUCUUCAUCGAUAAAAACAAUUACCUGACACUCGUGCGAGUUAUCCAACAUUUAAAUAUUAGUUCGCAAACGAUAAUUCCUCCAAAAAUCAUAACUUUCGGCAAGGUUGAAGGUAUCGAAGAUACUUCUCUCGAAUUAAUUCUAAAAGGUAGAUUUGACAAGAGCAAAAUCAAUAAGUUUUAUUGCAAGGAUUACAAUCCGAUGGAAAUCAUGGCGACAAUGUUUUCUGCCACUGCAACAAAUUAUCCUGGUAAAACGCAUAUUCGUUACUAUGCGUUUACGUAUCCAUCGAAUCAGGAAGUACCCGCGAUGUCUUCCGGUGACAUUGGUCUAUGGUAUGGAUCUUUAAGUUGGCCUUACAGUCUGAUCUUGACCGUUCGUAGUAUAGUUUCGCAUGUCACAGUGAUCAAGUGCUUGAAAUUCUACGAUGAAAACAUGUACAACGCGAUAGAGAAGUACAAGGUGAAGUGGGUGUUUCUUCAAAGCGAAAUGUGCAACCAACUGUUUCGAACUGAUAUUCGUAUGUACAAUGUCUCUUCCUUGAAGCAACUGGUAUUCGGUGACUCAGCCAUCGAUUGCAAUAUUUAUAAAAAACUCAUCGAACACUUUACAAACGCUUCUAUCGUUCAAGUAUAUAGUAUAUCAGAAGCAGGCAUAAUUGUCGCUUACCAACGGAACAGUAAUCGGAUUGGAUCUAGUGGUCACUUGGCUAAAAAUGUUAAUUUAAUAAUUAUUAAUGAUAAGAAGACUGUGGGUCCAAACGUACUAGGUGAAAUUUGGUACAAACUCGUGUGCAAGUGGUGCGAUGCUAAGACGUGCAAAUUGCCAUAUUGCAACAGUAGAAGAAGGAAAGAUAAUAACAUGCCGAUAUCAACUCCAAUUACCGCUACGUGGCACUGUACCGGAGAUUACGGUUACUACGAAGAAGAUAGAGAAAUCUUUAUCAUCGAUAAAACGAAGCAUCUCAUCAAUUAUAGAAUGUUUCGUAUUUCACCCAUAAGAAUUGAAAAUGUGUUGCGAAGUCACCCGGCUGUGUCGGAAGUCAUUGUAAAAGCUGUACCAGAUAGCAAACAUGGUCAAGUUCCGAUGGCUUAUGUUACGAUAAGAGGACGUAUAAAGGUGACGGAACUUUUAAAAGAGAAACUUGCAAAAGAACUGAUGAAACUUAUAACAGAAAGUUUGCCUGACAUGUGUAAACUGCGCGGAGGCCUGUACUUCAAGAAGGAUAUGCCAUAUCUCCCCAAUGGAAAGAUCGAUCGAGAACUAGUUCAGAGUUAUUAACGUAGAAUUACACAAAUUUAAAUUUUUUUGCUGCAAUCUGGAAAAAAGAGUGAUUUCUUUUAGUCUGAUAUGCUGGAUCCAAAAACAUUCACGUUGAAUUUUUUGAGAAAAAUAAGAUUGAAAUAAAAAAUGCUUUUUUUAUCGCGUUUAAAAAUUCGUAUGGUAAUCUGAUGUGCUAAUUAAAAUAUAUUUUUACAACAGUAUUAUACUUUUAUAAUCAGUAAAAAUAUUCAAAAGAAUUUUAUAAAUAAUUUAUUCAAAAAUUAAGUAUCCAAAUGUUAUUUUAA